CAGGGACUGCAGUACAAUUAAAUGGGGAAUAUCUGGACCGUAUCCCUCUUGAUUUUAUAAAACAUUCCAGAAAAAAAUAGGGUUGUUCGUUUUUUAUCAGAACGCCGCGAGGUCAUAUCUGAUUCGAGAGGAGCUAUGGGAGUGGGGCAUGAUCUUCCAGAUUGGACUACAAUGGAUGUAAAAGCAUAUUUUCUAUACGAGGCGGGUUGUGAGCCUAGGAAUAUGCAUAUUCCGUGUAUAAGACGAGGUGAGGAUGAAGGGCCUUACUACACACGCGAAGAAGAGAAGUGCCUCAUGAACAAACAAGUCGAGGAGAGCAAGGGGUUCGACAUUGAUUUCAAGCAGUUCCGAUACGUUUUUAACUAUAAACCUCUUGAUUUUGAUGACGACGAGAUGGCCAUGGAACCAGAAACCACCAGAGAGUUAAUGGACAGGCUCUCUCGUGAAUCCCUUGAGGGAUACAAUGAAAAGGAGGCUACAAACUAUGAAUUUGUGAAGGUUACCAAGGCCAAUUAUUACGAUACUGCUACAUGUGCCACUGUGUAUUUCAUUACCUAUCAAGGUAAGGCUUCUUCCGAUGAUGAGCCGAAAGACUUCCGAGCUAAGGUCAUCCACUACUAUCAUGAACCAGCCAAGUACAUCUCCUGCGACAUGAAACCUGCCAAAAAUGUUCACUUCAUUGAAACUGCCGAGGAUGAAGAUGCCAAGAGAACCAAGAUUGACAAAUGAGCUAUCCAAUGUGUACUGUAUGUGAGAUGCAAGGACAUCUCUGGCUAGACUUCUACCUUUAUGCGUAGUAAUAUGUUGUGUCACAUUUUAGUCGUCUCAGUAAAACUGGAUUUGGAUGUAUACAAUAUUGGGAUUGGAGAUUUCAUGUUUUCAGCUAAGAUAAUUUAAAAAGAAAUUCGAUA